AAAACAGUUGUACAUACAUGCAUCCAUAAUUAGAAACUUCUAUAAUCGUUUAUGUAUAAUAUUGAUGCUCACGAUGUGCGCGACGCUAAAUUCGAAAGCUGUUCAUCGAGCCACGUUUCACAACGUGCCAAGCAAGACGGAAUCCGUUCCGACGCCCACGCUUUCAGCUUCAAGCAGCAGCAGUCAGAAUCAAUUUGUCAGAACAAGCACGCAGCAGAUGGUUUACCGAACUGUCAACGUGUAGAGUCGCAUUGUAGACGCAUAUCAGCUUCGGCUGAAUAUUCAGCAAAGAUAAGUGCGAUGAGAGAUUGUUGGAUUUUAUUUUCGCUGUAAUCUGCAAUUAUUGAAAUCUGCCUACACGACGUUAAAAUGUCUAAUAAACAAUCAGUAAAUCCACAGCUCCUGAAGUACAUCAGUUUAGUUACACUAACUCUUCAAAAUGCUGUCCUCGGACUCAGCAUGCGUUACGCGCGAACCAGAUCUGGAGACAUGUUUUUAUCGUCAACAGCUGUGGUUAUGGCGGAAGUGGUGAAGCUGGCGACGUGUCUAGUAUUGGUCUACGUGGAAGAAGGAAGUGUAAGAAAAUUUCUACACACCAUUGACAAGAUCGUGCUCAAACAGCCUAUGGACACUUUGAAAGUCUGCGUACCAUCUCUGGUCUACAUCAUACAAAAUAAUUUGUUGUACGUGUCUGCCUCCCAUUUGGAUGCGGCGACAUAUCAGGUAACAUAUCAGCUGAAGAUCUUGACGACGGCUUUCUUUGCCGUAUUGAUACUUCGUAGAACUUUACGCACCAUUCAGUGGGGUGCCCUGGUUCUACUCUUGGCAGGUGUUGUCUUGGUUCAACUAGCUCAAAGUAGUCCAAGCUCAGUACCAUCGGGAAUGGAACAAAAUCAGUUGGUUGGAUUUUCGGCUGCACUGAGCGCUUGUUUCCUAUCAGGAUUUGCAGGAAUUUACUUUGAAAAAAUUCUUAAAGGAUCUGAUAUUUCUGUAUGGAUGCGAAACGUUCAACUUAGUUUGCUUUCGCUACCGUUUGGGUUGUUCACUUGUUUUUUAUACGACGGAGCAGUUAUUCGCCGGCAAGGAUUCUUUUUCGGUUACGACUGGUUUGUUAAUUAUUUAGUCCUACUUCAAGCCGGUGGUGGGCUUAUUGUGGCUAUGGUUGUUAAACAUGCCGAUAACAUCUUGAAGGGUUUUGCUACGUCGUUAGCCAUUGUUAUAUCUUGCAUAGCUUCCAUAUACUUGUUCGCAUUCCAUUUAACUUUCCAGUUCAGUACUGGAGCAGCUCUGGUUAUUUGUUCGAUUUUUAUGUACAGUCAUCAACCAAGGAAGACCGUUAUUUCUGAUACACAUUCACUUGUUGAUAAAGUGUGAAAUCGAAGUUAUUAGGGACUAUUUCAAUUUAGGAAUUAAUAAAUUAAAAUCUUUGAUACGGAUUGGCAGAGUUGUGUGAAACUUAUUCAAGUAAUAUUCUCUGCGUUGCCGAAUUUCCUGUAUGGAAUUAAAAGCAUGAUUCGAAUAUGAAACAUUUCUCAACUUUAUCAGACUCCUUGAAUUAGUCGAAUUCAUAUUCUUGGGGAUAAAAAAUGACCUCAAUUUUGCAUUCAUCUCAAAUAUUGGCUCAACAUUUGAGGUAUAUCCAUUUUACGAAAAGUAUAAAUAUUGGAUUAUGAUACGUUACUGCUAUGAUAUUGAUGGUAAUAAAGGUAUCGUACCAUAAAGAAAACUUAUAUCAUUUGACUGAAUCAGAAACAACUCGAUCUCUGUAUUCCAACAACUCUCUACGUUAACGCUGAUAGCAAAGCCAACUUGUUUUUUUUCCAAGAAAAAUUAAAAUUCCAUUUCUGACUCCAGUUUUCUUAUGAUUUCUUCGUACG